CCCGGGUCUGCCAGAUGAAUGCUGCUGUGAUGGUUUGCUGUAGUUGUGCAGGCAGCGAUGUUAGGGCUGUCGCUGUUUCAGGGGUGCGCUUGGCGUAGCACGUUUGUGUACUAGCUGUACUCCCCUUCUGCGGUAGACCAGCAGGUGCAGUGUUGGUAUAUCGGAGUGUCCCUCGUGGUGGAUGAAAUCCUGGCGGGGAUAGUUCGCUCUCAGCAGGUCAGUGAGACAGUUCCAAGACUCGGUCCGGACCAAUGAUGCAAGAGAUAAUAAGUCCUUUCCUCUGCCUAAAGAGGAGGUCAGUGCUGUCUUUUAUGUAUCAGAAGAUCAUUCUUUGUACAUUGGAGGAGAAGAGAUUUUGUAUUACUUUAAUUUUAAGACAAUGAAGAAUUACAAGAAUUACACGAUUAAAGCUGAAUCUAAUAAUUGUCUACAAAAGCUUUAUUGCAAAAAUGAUGUAACAUUUGUGGGUCAACUAUUAGGAAAACUCACUGUCUGUGGUACCAAUGCAUACAAUCCUAGCUGCUGGGACAUGGAUGGGGAGAAAUUUAAAAAGCUUCCAUACUCUUGGGCUGAACAGUUGGCUCCUCAAACUCCAGUGGACAACUAUAACAUUUUAAUCACAGGAGAUCAAGUAUACUCUACAUUGUCCAGAAAAACCAACAAUGGUGCCAGUGUAAUGAAAACUGUAUUCCGCAAACUUCAUGGCGAUACCCCAUUACUAUACACAGGAGAUACAUUUCUGAGACGUCCAGAAUUUGUGAAGUCUCUAGUUGUGGAGAAAAAAGACAACAUUCAAAACAAGAUCCUUCUCUUCUUCACUGAGGAUAGUACUGAAACCAGAACAGAACAGAAGAGGCUGCCUAUGGUGGCUCAGCUUUGUAAGGAUGAGACAGGAUCAGUCAAAGCUAAUACUCGCUAUGUAUUUAGUACGGCACUGAAAUCACGUAUGAUAUGUGGAAACCAGUUAACUGGACAAUAUUAUCCACACCUACAAGACAUCUUCUUCCUGCAAGGAAAAACAGGGAAUGUGAUUUAUGGACUUUUCAAAAAUGCAUGGAAUCACAGUGGUGUGUGCUCCUAUGAGGUUGAGGACAUUGAGAUUCUUUUCAAGACUUCAAGCUUGUUCGGUUCCUCUAACAAAGACCUAAAGAUUCGUCCUGGGACGUGCCUUCCAUCAGGCAAGAUGACCCCUGAAGAGACCUCAGAAGAGGCAUCCAGCUACCCAGAACUGACAGAAUGGUUGUGGCCAUCACAAAACCAGACUUGUUUCCAGAAUCUUGAACACUAUAGGAAAAUAGUGGUGGAUGAAAUAACCGCAGUGGACCAGAAAACCUACAGGGUGCUUCUGUUAGCCAAAGAUGAUGGAACUGUACACAAGGUUGUAGAACUGGACGAUGGAGCUCUUAACAUUCUUGAAGUGAAGUCCUUUAAACUAAAGGGAAAACUGCAAUUCAUGGAACUGGAGCCAAAAGAGCAUCUCCUGUAUAUUGGGACUACACGUGAAAUUUCCAUGCUGUCACUGGAUGACUGUACUGCAUACAAUACCAGCUGCACAGACUGUAUUCAGUCAAGAGACCCCUUCUGUUGGUGGAUCAGAGGAAAAUGUGAAUCAAUUCUAAAACAUAACGGCACCAAAAUACUGGAGAAUCUGAAACUAAAUGAUACAUGUAGCUAUGAAAAGGAGUCAACACUUAUGUACCUUAAAGGAAAUGGACAUGGGUCCCCUAAUAAAGAAGACUAUAGAACUCAGUAUUAUUUGACAUGUCCAACAAUGUCAAAGCAUGCCUCCUACAUGUGGAUGAAUGGUGUCAGAGAAAUGGUAAAAUGUAAAACCAGCGAUGACAUCUGUGAGCUGAUCAUUGAUGAAGUCACAUCACCUGGAGAAUACAAAUGUAUGGCAAAGGAAAUGGACACAGAACAUGUUAUAUUACAAUAUACAUUCCAGGAAUCAAACACUGCCAUGAAGAUUCCCUGCUUCUGGCUUUUGGUGUUGACCAUUCAGAUACUGAUGAUAAUGUGACACAUUCUUAUGUUUUAGACGCUUUGCUAAUUCUUCCGGAAAAAAAAAAAAAUAUAGGAGCGGAUCUGGGUAAGGUAGGGCUCGUUUUAAUCAGCGUCUCCCGCACUACCCACCAGUAGUGUGGAUAGUGCGGGAGAAAAUAUCUGACAGUUUUCCUUUAAUUCCACCUAAAUUAUUAUUUAAAUUUUAAUGUCACAAAGGGAUGUAUGACCAGAUGAACAAGUUGUGCAUUUUGCUAAGUGUAUAACCAACAGUGUAGCACAUUUAUAUAAUUAUUUGUGCCUUUGAGGCACAAAGAGAUAUGUCAGCAAAAUGUCUUAGUUGGAUGCCGAUUGCAUCAACAUGAGUCCUUUAGAGUUCAAUGACCUGAAUGAGGUAAGCAAGUGACUACAUUCAAGUCAUUUUCUGAGUUUAUAUAAGUUUUGGCUCAGACUGAAAAAUCAUGGUUUGUUGCGAUAUAUAUAUAUAUAUAUAUAUAUAUAUAUAUAUAUAUAUAUAUAUAUAUAUACAGUGAUCCCUCAACAUAUGUUGAGGGGUCCGUGCAAUGAUAAGUAUAGGAAGUUAUACUCACCUGUCCCCACCGCUCCGGACCGUCACCGCUGCCCUGGAUGUCGCCCUCCAUCGCUGUCACCGCGUCCCCGAGGUGUCCCCGUUGCUCCGGACCAUCACUGCUGUCACUCUUCAUCGCCGUCAUCAUGUCGCUGCGCACGCCGCUCCUAUUGAAUCACGGGAUGGCGUGCGCGGCGACGUGAUGACAACGGAGGAGAGCGACGGCCAUGCAGGGGAUCCUGAAGAGGACGGUCCGGAGCGCCGGGGACAGGUGAGUGAUCAUCACCGCAGCACAUGGGGCAAAAGCAGUCUGCGCUGCCGGAUAGCCGUUUAUGCAAUGGCCCCGACAUACAAAAGCAUUGUAUGUUGAUGCUGCCUUCAACAUGCGAUGGCCUCUGAGAGGCCAUCGUAUGUUGAAAUUAUCGUAUGUCGGGGCCAUCGUAGGUCGGGUGGGGGGGGGGUUCACUGUAUAUAUAUAUAUAUAUAUAUAUAUACGCACUGAUCAAAAAAAUUAAGGGAACACUAAGGGAACACAUUCUAGAUCUGAAUGAAUGAACCAAUUGUAUGAAAUGCUUUCGUCUUUACAUAGUUGAAUGUGCUGACAACUAAAUUACACAAAAAUUAUCAAUGGAAAUAUAAUUUAUCGACCCAUGGAGGUCUGGAUAUGGAGUCACGCUCAAAAUCAAAGUGGAAAUCCACACUACAGGCUGAUCCAAUUUUGAUGUAAUGUCCUUAAAACAAGCCAAGAUGAGUCUCAGUAGUGUGUGUGGCCUCCACGUGCCCGUAUGACCUCCCUACAAUGCCUGGGCAUGCUCCUGAUGAGGUGGCGGAUGGACUCCUGAUGGAUGUCCUCCCUGACCUGGUCUAAAACAUCCGCCAACUCCUGGACAGUCUGUGGUGCAAUGUGGCGUUGGUGGAUGGAGCAAGACAUGAUGUCCCAGAUGUGCUCAGUCGGAUUCAGGUCUGGGGAACGGGCGGGCCAGUCCAUAGUAUCAAUGCCUUCCUCUUGUAGAAACUGCUGACACACUCCAGCCAAAUGAGGUCUAGAAUUGUCUUGCAUUAGGAGGAACCCAGGGCCAACUGCACCAGCAUAUGGUCUCACAGGGGGUCUGAGGAUCUCAUCUCAGUACCUAAUGACAGUCAGGCUAACUCUGGCAAGCAAAUGGAGGGCUGUGCGGCCCCCCAAAGAAAUGCCACCCCACAUCAUUACUGACCCACCGCCAAUCCGGUUAUGCUGGAAGAUGUUGCAGGCAGCAGAACGUUCUCCACAGCGUCUCCAGACUCUGUCACGUCUGUCACAUGUGCUCAGUGUGAACCUGCUUUCAUCUGUGAAGAGCACAGGGCACCAGUGGCGAAUUUGCCAAUCUUGGUGUCCUCUGGAAAAUGCCAAACAUCCUGCACAGUGUUGGGCUGUAAGCACAACCCCCACCAGUGGACGUCGGGCCCUCAUACUACCCUCAUGGAGUCUGUUUGAGCGGACACAUGCACAUUUGUGGCCUGCUGGAGGUCAUUUUGCAGGGCUCUGGCAGUGCUCAUACUUGCACAAAGGCGGAGGUAGCAGUCUUGCUGCUGGGUUGUUGCCCUCCUAUGGCCUCCUCCAUAUCUCCUGAUGUACUGGCCUGUCUCCUGGUAGUGUCAAGGUUGGCUGCUGAUGAGGCCUUAAAAUGUGCAUGACUGAGGCUGUAUACUGCUGAGUGUCGACACAAGAAAUAAACACCAGACAAAAUAUUGGUAUAUAUCUCCUUCUCAGCAUACUGGCUAAGUAACUGUCCCAAGGAGUUCUGAGAGUUCUGUUUAUUACACGGAAGUACAUUGGUUUUUACAUUUGACAGAAAAAGGGAGGUUAGUUAUCACGUCAAAAUCAUCAUGUUAUAAUUUGAUUGGUUAUUUGUAGAGAUGAGCGAACUUACAGUAAAUUCGAUUCAUCACGAACUUCUCAGAUCGGCAGUUGUUGAGUUUUC